CAAUCUCUCCUUCCCUCUCUGUAUUUGAUGCAAUAAAAUCUUCCUUUUUCUGUGCGAGCAUCUCUCUGAGGCGUGGCAGAGCCGAGGCUUGGGGUCUGCGCUCAAAAUUUUGAAAAGGGGUUCCAAUAUGAAGCUCAAAUUCAAUGGAAUUUACUCGAACAAAAGCUUGAAUGAGCUAUGGAGUACUGAAAGUGGUGCGUUUUGUGAAAUGGGUAUCUUUCUCUUCCUACUUUUGGUGCCGUUUUGUUUCUCUGUGAUUCAGAAAUUGGUUUGUUUUUCUGGCUAGGGCUGUGAACCCUCUAUUUAUUAGGCUGAAAUCAAUGCUCUCUUCUCUUUGAACUGUCGCUUUUAGUUUCUGUGGCCUUUAGGAGCCCUUCAUUUUCUGCUGUUUUAGUACUUUUAAGCUCCCUCGUUGCUUGGGAAAUGAUAGCUUCAUAAAUAAUGUCUUCUGGUUCUGUUCUUUAAUUUCUUGCUUACAAGCAUUUACUGUUGGCUCCUUCAGAUUCUUCCACUAUUUAUUCCCUUUCCUGAAUUGGGGGAGUUUGUAUAAGGGAAAUCCAUAGAUUCUGCUUGGAGGGAGUAGAUUUUGAAGUUUGUGAUCAAAAGCUAUUGCAAAAGUUGCGUAUCUUAGUCGACAUAUUAUGGAUAAUUCUAUCAGCUGUACGCAUAGCAUGUUUUCGGAUAUGAGAUUUGGCGAGACGACUCUCACCAGUAUGCCAGUGGCUGUGGGUGAGCCAUUUAGCUCUACUGUUUGGGAACAAGCAGCUAAUUCCCAAAACAUGGGAACUAGCAAGGCCAGUGGCUGUCCAGUUUCUUUGAGCACUGAUAUCAGCUGGAACCUAUCACAUAAUAUGUUUAAAGGGGGGAUUUAUCUACCUCACGGCAUGCUCCCACAGAGCUUAUCUCAACUUCCAGCUGAUUCUUCAUUUAUUGAGCGUGCAGCCAGGCUCUCCUGUUUUAGUGGUGGGAAUUUUGGUGAUAUUGUUGGCCAUUUCAACAUUCAUGAGCCUCCUAUGAGUGUUUCAAUCCCUGAGAGAUGGGAUGAGAUUCCACGAAAUGGGUUAGGCUUGGUUUCUGGAAUUGAAGGACAAUCUCAGAGAACUAAUGAACAUGGAGCUGCUGAAAAUGGAAGCCCUUUGAAAGUGGAUGAUCGUGGUAAACAAGCUACUGAUGGUUCUUCUGCUAAUGAAUCUGAUGAAGCUGAGUUUAGCGGCGGUGAUGGGCCAUGUGCGUUAGAGGUCACAGCCAACCAAGUUUCUGCCAAGGGCCGGAAAAGGAAAAGAAGUGGACAGGUAAUGAAUAAUGAUUCUUGUUCUGAUCAACCCAAUGGACCUCUGCAACAAGCUACUGUUUCAGCUAAGAAUGAUACUCAAAAUCAGCCAAAAAGAGAUCAAAAUCCAAGCUCAAAUGCUAACAAGGCUGCAGGAAAACAUGGUAAGCAGGCGUCUCAACCUUCAGAUCCACCAAAGGAAGAGUAUAUUCAUGUUCGAGCUCGACGGGGCCAGGCGACAAACAGCCAUAGUCUUGCAGAGAGGGUAAGGAGGGAGAAGAUCAGUGAGAGGAUGAAGUUUCUUCAAGAACUAGUCCCUGGUUGCAGCAAGGUUACCGGAAAGGCGGUGAUGCUAGACGAAAUCAUUAACUAUGUCCAAUCGCUGCAACAACAAGUCGAGUUCUUAUCGAUGAAACUCGCUACCGUGAAUCCAAGGAUGGAUAUCAACAUCGACAGGCUCGUAGCCAAAGAUAUUCUUCAAUCACAAGCUGGUCCGUCGUUGACAUAUAUGCCCACCGGUUGUCCCCCGCCUUGUGUUUCUCAUCAUCGACUUAUUCCAAGCGGUUUUUCUGCCAUAGGGAGCUCUGAGAUGUUAAGGAAAAUGAGUUCCCAGAUGAAUCCAAGGUCUAAUGGAUUUAAGGAGCCUUCUCAGAUAAAAAGUGUGUGGGAUGGUGAGCUCCAAAACAUUGUGCAGAUGAGCUUUGGGAUGUCCACUACCCUCAAUUGUUUAGAACUCGAAGGAUCUGAUUCACCAGGCAAUACAAAAGUUGCACGUUGAAAUUUCUUCUUAAUUGCCACGAACCAUUUACGCUGCGUGUACAGGUGCAUUAGUAUUAGUAUUAGUAUGAGAUUCAUCAUAGCCACGAACUAUUUCUACUUCGUGGUAAUUUGAUAUAAGAAAUACGAUUACUGUAUUUGGAGCUGCGUUACUCUAGCUGGUGAUUGAUUCGGAGCGACAGAUAUCGACCGAGGCAGUAAAUUGCCCCGUGACGAUCGCCCCAAAAUCAACGACCUGGUAGAGAAACUAGUGUCCGAUCUCGUUAGUUUAGAUUAUAGGAGACGCCUUGUCUUAGACGAUGUACAGAAGUCGAUAUCGAGAUCUGGAAAGCAAGGAACAUCAGCUUUUGGUUGGUAGUGUGUGUAGUUUCAUUAGCUGAAGUGGGUUGGCUGUAACUUUUACAAGUCGAGGAAUUUAUUGCAAGUGUCAAUGAAUUUGCGUUAUUCGAGCGGGUCAAAACCCGACCCAUUUCAUUAACGCAUUUUGCUAGCCCGUUUGUUUUUGUAUUGGGCCUACUGGGCUUACCGGAAACUAGGCCCAAAUUUCGUAAAAGCAGGAGUAUAAUUACAACAAU